AUGGAAAGUUCUAAAAUCGUUCGAAAGAUUACUUGCAAAGCUGCUGUGGCCUAUGGUCCUGGUGAGUCCUUGGUCAUAGAAGAAAUUGUGGUUGAUCCUCCUCAGAAAAUGGAGGUUCGAAUCAAGAUCCUUUUCACUUCUAUUUGCCACACGGAUCUUGGCGCUUGGCAAGGCAGGAAUGAAGCCCAGAAAGCGUACCCUCGAAUUCUAGGCCAUGAGGCCUCUGGGGUUGUUGAGAGCGUGGGGGAAGGAGUCACGGACUUGAAAGCUGGAGAUCAUGUCAUUCCCAUAUUUAAUGGAGAGUGUGGUCAUUGUGUCUACUGCAAAUCAGAAAAUACAAAUUUAUGCGGAAAAUUUCGUGUAAAUCCCUUCAAGAGCGUUAUGGUGAAUGAUGGAAAAUGUAGGUUUUCUACCAAAGAUGGCAAGCCCAUAUUCCAUUUUCUUAACACCUCAACUUUCAGCGAGUACACUGUGCUUGAUUCUGCCUGUGUUGUCAAGAUUGACCCAAAAGCUCCCCUCAACAGAAUGGCUUUGCUCAGCUGUUGCAUUUCUACUGGUGUUGGAGCCGUAUGGAAUACUGCCAAAGUGAAGCCCGGUUCGAGUGUAGCCGUUUUUGGUCUAGGCGCUGUGGGGUUGGCGGUUGUGGAAGGUGCACGAGCCGUGGGAGCCUCUAAGAUAAUAGGAAUAGAUGUCAACCCUGAUAAGCUUGCCAAAGGUCAAAAAAUUGGGCUCACUGAUUUCAUAAACCCAAAGCUUAUAGAUAAGCCGGUGCAUGAGAAAGUCAAAGACGUUAUAGAAGGAGGAGUGGACUAUAGCUUUGAGUGUGCAGGGAACUUAGACGUGCUACGGGAAGCCUUUCUAUCCAGCCACGAUGGUUGGGGAUUGACAGUAGUUUUAGGGGUUCACCCAUCCCCAAGACUCCUCCCUUUACAUCCAAUGGAGCUUUUCGAUGGCCGAAAAAUCGUGGCAUCAACCUUUGGUGACUUCAAGGGCAAGUCCCAACUUCCUGAUUUUGCUAAACAAUGCAUGGAUGGGGUGGUUAAAUUGGAUGAGUUCAUCUCUCACGAACUGCCAUUUGAGAAGAUUAACGAUGCUUUCCAGCUGCUUAUUGAGGGGAAAUCAUUGAGAUGUCUUCUUCAUCUUUGA